AGAAGGGAACGCUUAUCUAGUCAUUAAGGUAAUCUUAACCCACAUCUCUUCUAUGAAAGUACUUUUGUUUCUUCUGUAGUAGUCUUUGGAUUCACCUUAAAAGUAGCCUAAUAUACAAGUUUUUUCCCUACGAAGUGAACUCCUCUGCGUCUGUUGUCGGUCCGCUCGUUUCCUCGGUGAACUGCAGCAUCCUCUGCAUACAUACAUGACCCAUAACCCCGAGAGGAGGUAGGCGGCUGGGUGCGAAGCGCGGCGUCUGCAGCAUAAUUAAAACAUGGCGGACUCGGAGGAAUAUAGACUUAAACGAUUAAAGCAUGAGGAGCACAUGUCCAGGGUGUUUGACGAGGUGAUGGGGUUGGGAGACUUCGCCGACUCCUCCAGGGGCUCCAAUGCAUCUUCCAAGAGUGGUGGACAGGAUGAGACGAAGGGAGUGGACCAAACCUCAGGACAAGAGGAACAACAACCAAUGGAGGAGGAGGAGGAGGAGGAGGAGGAAGAGGAGGAGGAGGAUAGUAACAGCAGCAGGAAAGAAGAAAAGAUAGACAAAGGGGCGGGCGAGUCAUCACCUCCUCGCAUUGCCUCGCCCACCUCUGACCCACAGGAUUCUUUUAAAAUGGGGACCAGCGAAGGGGGAGGUGGACGAGGAGGAAGCGGGGCAGCGGCUUUUGAUGACGCGCUGGAUGGCCUUCCUUCAUUUGGGCAGGAGGAAGAUGAUGAAGACUGGCACUUUGCCCUGCCCAUGGGCACCCUGGAGGAUGUAGACGUGGAUAAGGCCGGCAGGAAAGGUAGGCAGCAGGAGAACAGCGAAGCUCCGAGCAAUACCUUUGGUUCUGAGCCAAAAGUAGGGGAGGCUGAGGAGGAGGAAGAGGAGGAGGAGCAAGAAGAGAGGGCAGCGAGCACCGGUUCCGCCAACACCUUCCACUCGUCACAAGACAACAGCAGAGAUGCAGGCGUCCUGAACCAAACAGAGGAGACAGAAGACAGUCAGCAGGGAGAGACGUCAGAGGCAGCUCCGGUGGAGGACAGCAAUCCCCCGAUUUCUCCGAGUGUGAAUAUAAAAGAGGAGCCUAUUGAUGAAGGCUACGAUGCUGCGUUAUUGCCUCAGAGCUCCAUCAGACAGAUCAAAGAGGAGCUCGAACACCAGGAGGAGGAGCUGAGGAUCAGCUCCGUCUUCUCCGUAGGUGGAGGCAACACCUUCACCUCUCCUACCAUGCCAGCAGCGGUUCCAGCCCCGACUCCGACUGCCAUUUUUAUCCCUGGUAGAGGAGCUGUCAUACAAGCCAUGGCUUCCCUCCCCGUCAGACCUCCAAUUCCAGUCCCAACUUCAAUACCAGCUCUGACACCAAUACCGCCGCGCCCACCACAACCCCCAGUUCCUGGUAGCGUUCGCUGCAGCGGUUGCUCUAAGGUUCUGCUGAAAGGUCAAACGGCUUUCCAGAGAAAAGGAUCGACGCAGCUCUUCUGCUCCACUGUAUGUCUGACGGGCCAUCUUCCUCUGCCCACUAAAAACCGAUGCUGUUUCCAGUGCAACAGGGAGAUUGUUCAGCCCAGGGACAUGAUCACAAUCCCAGCAGACGACCGCACCUUCAUGCACUUUUGCGGCCAGUUCUGUUUGUCCGUCUUUAGACACAAGAAGAAACAGACUGACAAGGUUCCUGACAAAUGGCCUGAUAAACAAGUGGAGAGAAAGCCAGAGAAGCCGCCAGAGAAACCGGCAGAGCUCCAGACUGACAGACCCUUCUGUAGUGUCUGUAAAGUCUCCAACAAGCCAAUUGAGCACGAGGUCACCCAUCAAGGCCGCCUACACAGACUGUGCAGCGACGCUUGCUUUGUAACCUGGCGCAAGAUACGUCAGUUAGCUAUGAACUGCUGCGAAGGCUGCGGUCUUUACUGUAACACCAAAUCAGGUUCCUGUCAGACGCUCACGAUCGAGAAGUCUCAGCUCAACUUCUGUGGUCCCACCUGCAUUAGCACCUACAAACAGACCUGUAGAAAGACAACAGAGUGCGCGUACUGUCACAAGACAGUGGUCGUGUCCACAACCAUCAUGGAACGAGACCAGAAGGGAAAAGUUCAGCUUUACUGUUCUGUGGUCUGCGUGGAACAGAGUCGACCACCUCAGCAUAAUCUCACUGGUACUCCAUUCCCAUGUUCCCUGUGUAAAGUGACCGCCGUUCCUCAGUAUCACCUUGCCAUGGUGGAUGGCACUAUACGUAACUUCUGCUCCUACACCUGUGUGACUAUCUUUAGGAAAUCUGGCCACAUAUCCCAGCCAGACCUGACCAAUGGAGCCUCUUCUCUCAGGGACCCCUCUGUCAGAGAUGCCCCCAAACCGGGGCCUUCUGCCGGAGCCAGCUCAGUCCCUCCCGUCCCUCAGGAUUACCCAUCCUCAGUUCCCUAUCCAGGCAAUCAUCCCAGUCAUACCUCAGUGCCCCCACUAGUGCCUCCCCAUCCGGCCAUCUCCUCCUCCCCUUCUGUGCCAGGACAAACGCAGGCCGGUCAGCCAAUGAAACUGGCAGAGGGCCGGCUAGGUGACACCUCCAAACUGACCUGUCACCAGUGCAGCAAACAGUUCAACACCAAGCCGCUAUUAUUCAGCCACCAGGGUCGAAUUUCUGUGUUCUGCAGUAAGAUGUGCUGUGAGCAGUAUAAAACCCAGAAAAAUAUCCUUGCUGUGUGCGAGUGGUGUAAGCAGGAUAAGGUGAUCUUUGACACCAUCGUCUACAACCAGCAGGACCUGGUCUUCUGCAGUGACAACUGUAAGCUGCUCUUCAAGCAUGACCUGACUUCUCGUAGCAAGGAGCAUGUCUGGCGUCCCUGCACCUACUGCUCUGGCAUUGCACAGAAGAUGCUGCACAGUCACUACGGAGGCAAGCUGGAGGAGUUCUGCAGACCCCACUGCAUGUCCCAGUACACUGUACUCUACUACGGGAUGGGUCGGUGUGACAGUUGCAGGAAGCAGGGCUACAUGACGGAGAAGCUGCAGUGUUUGGGUUCGGUGCGUAACUUCUGCAACCUGCCCUGCCUACAGCAGUACUGCCACCUUCACUUUGAGACGAGCCAACACAGCAGCAGUAACGGGACGGCGCCACAGACACCAUAUGCUCCAGCUCCAACCCAACCCCACCACUCCUCAAAGAUGAAUCCAGUCAUAGCUGACGUCGUUUCAUUGGCCAACGGCUCCGCCACACAGCCCAGCGUGUCAGCAGAUACCACUCUGACUGGAGCUCUACCGACCUCCAAUGUAGACGGCAAGAAUCUCGACCACGCCAGUACCCAGACCGAUGCCAUGCGUGUGCCUUCAUCCCGUCGGCGUCAGAUGAAGAACAAGUCCGUUCUCUGCAGGCCCUUCACCAUGGACCAAGAGAGCAUGUGCCAGCUGCCUUCCACUGAAUCAGGAGCAGGAGAGGAGAACGUGAAGGUGUUAAUGGUUCCAGUCCCAGUGCCGGUCUUCAUUCCAGUGCCUAUGAACAUGUAUUCCCAGCACACACCUGUUCCACUGCCUAUGCCCAUGCCUGUUCCAGUACCCAUGAUGGUUCCACCACUGAACAAGGACACGAAAGAUGCAGCUGUCCAGUCAGAGGCUUCUUUGGUAGAGGAAGAAAAGCAGAGAGAUGAGUCCGGUACAGACCAGAACACCUCUGAGAGUGGAGACAUGAAGUCUGAAGUGGUCGCUCCCACAAUCCCUCAUCACGGAGAAACUCUGAGGGAAGAAGAAGACCGAGCUGACCUACCACUUACUCAGACUUCAGAGAAGAAUCCAGAGGCAGCUGAUCCAGAGCCAGAGACGAGCCAAAUGACAACCGACCCUCCUGCCAGCUGUGCCGACGAUCAACCACCAACCUCCCCGAUGAUGGACUUGGAAAAUGACUUCCCUUCUAAGUCGCUGGAUCAGAAGUCAUGUGCUCCACAGCGAGGAGUGAAGAGACCCAGAGAGGGCUCGUCCGGCCGGAAACGGGGUCGGAGGAGGACUGGUUCUCUGGAGCGUGGCACAACCAUGGCACUUUCUGCCACCUCCAAACUGAACCACCUGUAUGGGGUUAAAGCCUGGAGAAGCUGGGUCCAGCAACGCAACAAGCAGCCACAAAAAUCCGAUCCAGUUGAAGUGAAAGAAGACGUCCUUGACUGCAACUCCUCUGAGCUGAGCUUCGGUCUGUCUUGCUUCAUCAAAGAAGUGCGACGGCCCAACGGAGAGCCCUACAGCCCGGACAGCAUCUUCUACCUCUGUCUGGGGAUACAACAGCAUCUGUUUAUGAUGGGUCGCAUAGAGAACAUCUUCACCGACCAGCUGUACAAUCAGUUUGCCUCCGAGAUCUCUGGGAUGCUUCAACUCUGGAAACCAAAACUACUACCUAGUGGUGGCGUUGUUUCCUCCCGUGUCGAGGAGUCCUACCUGUGGGAGUGUAAGCAGCUGGGCGCCUAUUCACCCAUAGUGUUGCUCAACACGCUGCUCUUCUUCUGCACCAAAUACUUCCACUUCAACACCGUGGAGAAGCACCAGCGCCUGUCUUUUUCCAACUUCACCCGCCACUCUAAACCCUGCAGCCGAGCCGGCAAAGUCUACUACCUCCAAUUCCAGAGAAGCAGUGCCAGUGCGCCCAGCUCUGAAGAGACAGAACGACUCAGAAAAAGGCAGACGGAGAACGAGGGGGACCUGGAGAUGAUGGAGAACGUCACCAACCCUCUGCACUGUCCUGUCCGACUCUAUGAGUUCUACCUCUCCAGAUGCCCGGAGUCUGUGAAGAAAAAGACCAACAUGUUUUACCUGCAGCCCGAACAGAACGUCCACACACACAGUCCCCACUGGUACACUUCUCAACCAUUGGAUGCCGCCACUCUACAGAGCAUGCUCACUCGCAUCUUGGCUGUCAGAGAGGUUCAGCAGGAAGAGGAAGCAGUGGUUCUCGCGUCCUCGUCUGCGCCUGCCAAAUGUGGCGGCUUACAGUGAUGCCAAGCGGCGCUCGUCCCGCUCAGAGUCCCCUCUGGGACCUGAUCCCUGAAUUAAAACUGUGCUCAUCGGUCACAUCGGAUGGAGGCUGACAGGGAAACGGAGCGAACAGAGACGCGAUGAACGGACGCUUCGGGUUUGUUACCUCAGCAGCGGUCACAGAAACGCACAACGAGUUUACAAACAUCUGAUGUUAUUAGGCAGGAAUCUCUCACACAGCUUUCAGUGCCCGGGACGUCAGAUGUGCUUUUUAUUUCAGAUACAGACUGGUGAAAGGUGACGCCCAUCUGAGUUGUCUUAUUAGUGUCACCUUUUUUUGCUUCAACCCUUUUUGUGGAGAAUAGUGAACCCGACGCAGAAGGUUGCCUUUCUGGCAACACGUCACAUGAUCGAUAACAGCAUUUUGAGCAGAUACUGUUGUGUGUUUGUGCACUGCUGCCCCUCAGUUAAAGGGGCUGCUUUUUCCAGAUCAUUCCCUGGAAGCCCCGUUCUGUCCCUCAGUGACCCUACAACUUAAUUUUGAGGAAGAUAAUGAAGUCACAGAGGUGUGACGACAAGGGCGGAUGCUGAGCAAAGCUUGUGCUGGCGUGACUGGUGAUUGAUGCCACUCGCUUUCAGAUUUAUCCAGAAGUUUCUGCAACUGUUUCUUCUCGUUAUGAGGUAUAUUUUUACCACAUCUGAUACAGAUCUACAGCAAAAAGAUGGUCCCAGUCCACCUGGAAAGUGUUUAUCCAUUUGUACAGAAACUGGUUGGAGGUGCACAUGCUAAAUCCCUAAAAUAAUUAUUUACACCUGCUGCUAGACAAAAAAAAAAACCAUACUCGCCGUAUUCAAAGCAGCUGGUUGUAGUGCCAUCUGUCGUUCUUCUUCUUAUCCAGGGCCGGGUUGUGGCGGGAACAGCCUAAGCAGAGAAACCCAGACCUCCCUCUCUACAGCCACUUCCUCCAGCUUAACUGGAGUUGGGGCGUGUUCUGGGUCCAUCCCACAGCCUCGUCCCGAUAGGACAUGCCUGGCACACCUCACCUAGGAGGUGUUACCUUGACAUCCCAAAUACUCACAGAAAGGUGAUUAUUAGGAUUAAAAUGUAAUUUUAUGCAUUAUUUCAGCCCCUAAUGUCCCAAAAAUGGAAAAAUUUCCAGAAGAAAUUGUGAAAUGUACUAAAUGUGCUAUACUAAAAAUAGCAAAAUUUAGAGAAAAUAAAUGAAAUUUAGGCCCAUUGCAAACACCGCCACAAGUCUACAGCGGCCGUGUGAACUAUUCGCAGUUCACAGUGAAUAUCUCUGCCUUAAAAAGUCCAACUCGCUCCUGACCUGAUGCGUUCAGUUUUCAGCUGAAAAUUGGCUGUACCUGAACACCGAGCUCUCCUCAACAACUCAUUUUGACACAAAAGUUUCGAGGUCUCCCAAAGCUAGUAACGGGACUUCCAGGGAGAGAUCCAAGAAAAGCCAAAAUUCAAACUUUGAAGGGCAGAUGGGCCAAAUGUCAGGUGUGGUUUUUUUAAUAUAUUUUAUGGACAGACCUUCUACUCACACCUUGUAUUUUAAUCCGUUAAACUGCAUUACAUGUCGAGUGUAAAUCCCGCAUCAUACCCAUCACUUUGGAUGUGGAUGACUCUUAAUGGUUGAGAUCUGAUUAAAACUUUAAAGUGAACCUAUUCUGCUCCUUUACUAAAAUAGCUUUGCAUGAUUCGUGGUUCAAAGUAAGCAACCCAGUUUCAAAGCAAAACAUGUAAUAGAGACGCUGGACCACCUUGAUCAUUUCUCGCUUUGCCUCUCCAAAAUGUGAAAUGGACACACCUGCAGAAGUUGCAUUACCAGCAGGGGGAGAUAAUGUAUUUAAAUCCACAAAGUCGGUAGUGAGCAAGAAAAGUAUGAAGUACAUACCAGGAUCCUUAAUCUUUAGAAUCGAUUUAGCUCGGGGGCUAAUAUGUAUAUACAUGUAAAUGUGUUAAUAAUGUCUGUUUAAAAACUUUCUCAUGAUUAUUUUCAUGUUGGUAGAAAUAAAAUAUCUCCCUCUGCUGUUACUGCAACUUCUGCAUGCGUGUACAUUUCAUUUUUUGGAGAGGAAAAGCGAGAAAUGGUGGACUGUGAUUUCAGGUUGAAAUAAGCCAUCUCUGUCUUGCUCAAGUAGCUCCUCCCCCUUUAGCCCAGCUAUCUUCUCAUUGGCAGCUCCUUGUAAAGAGAAAGCGGGCGGAGUUUCUGUUUUCACAGCCAGAAGCUUGUGUCAGAGCUUUCUGCUCUCACUGGGUUCGUAAUCUUGCACACACAGACUGGCCAUCGUUAAAAUAAUAACCCGCUACUGUAAAACCCUAUAAGAGCACAAUAGGUCCCCUUUAAUAUUGAUCAGUGUAAUCCUUCUGUUAACAGCAAAAAAUGCACAGUGCCUCUCAUCUUUUCUUCUUUUUUUAAUGAAUUAUCAGAUAUGAUAUAGUUCCCCCAUUUCUUUAUUUAUUCAUAUAUAUGUCCCAUGUGGCCUUAUUUCACUGCUAUGAACUUUCCAUUUUCCGUGCUGUAGGAGAAUCCGUUGAUAUUUUCUGUCUCCUUCUUGUAGUGAACGGCUCACUACGAGUAUACAAUCGGCUAAAUUCUCAAACCCCGAGGCUGACUUUCCCUUGUCUCCUUUCUUUCCUCUCCACUUUAUCCCCUCUGUCCUUCUUGUUUUUCACUACCACCAGCUGGUUCCCAACUUAAGGAGUUGGCAGAUUUUAGAAGAGCAGCAGACAAAUCAAAAGUAUAAAAACAAUACUCUUACUAACUCCUAAACCAGAGGUUUUCUGUAUUUUAAACUCUAUGUGUGCUUUUCUUUGUUUGGAGUCAUUCCGGUUUUCUGUGAGAGACUUUUGAUGAGGAAUGAACUCUGUGGUUGUUUUAUCUUUGUUGCCACACCCAGGCGUGUCCCCACAUGCUGGACAUUAUUAGGCCUAAACCCAAUUGUUUUGAUUGUAUUUUGCUUCUUCCUUUCAUGAGCAGUUCACAGUUCUGCUGUUUGAGCAGGAACUUAGGGAAAACCUCUGGGAUAAACUGGGGUGUGUUGCUCUGUUGACCUAAUGAAAAUAUGAAUUUGUUCGUUCUCGUUGUGGACGUCGGGGAGCAGUUGCGUUCGUACAGCCUUCGUUGUUACUCAUAUUGUUUUUGUUAAUGGAUGGAUGGAUGUUGCGGUGUAAACUAGCCACUCGCUGACAUUUUCCAGCACUUACAGUGUUUACUGAUGGUGAAUUAACACACACAGAGCAUAACUGUCACCAUUGCUGGUGUAAAUGAAAUAUUACUGUCUCAAUAUUACAGCUGCUGUCUGAAACCUUCUUUUUUAUUUCUUUUUCUUUCUUCAUGAUUUUUCAGUGAGAAGAGGCCCAAAGAUGGUGUGAUGUUUUAUGUCAUGCACAAAAUGCUGAACUGCCAUUAAGUAUUUAAAAAAAAUGACAACAAAUAAAACAAAAUCCAUCAUA